CGAGCGGGCAGCCAGAUAUUAUCCGGUUCAGGGUCGCGCAAAUCACCGUGGUGGUUUAUAAGAUGCAAACGCUCGCCGCAGUCGCGGCUGACGCCUAUCUACUUCUUCACCAGACAACAUGACCGGAACAGCAGGAGCUACCGAAGCCUUGCUGGUGCAAGAGCUCAAAGAUUCAUGGGAGUUCAAGCAGACUGAUCUGGACAAUUGGAUGCCUGUGGAGACUGUGCCUACCAACGUACACCUCGAUCUCAUCGCAAACGACGUCAUCCCAGACCCCUUCCUCGGCUUCAACGAGCUCAAGUGCGAAUGGGUAGCCGACAAGAGCUGGACAUACAGAACAACGCUCCCAGAUGUCGGAGCAGCGAAGGAUGGCCAGAUCCAUGAGCUUGUCUUCGACGGUCUCGAUACCUUCGCUACAGUCAAGGUCAACGGAGAUGUGAUUCUUGAAAGCGACAACAUGUUCAUUCCGUACAGAAUGGAUGUCACAAAGAGACUCAAUCAUAAUAAUGCUAACGUUCUGGAAAUCGACUUCCGCCCAGCACUUGUGGAAGGUCGCAAGAUCAAAGAUGCUCACCCUGAACACAAAUGGGUCGGCUUCAAUGCGGACAUGGCCAGGCUCGCAGUAAGAAAAGCCCAGUACCACUUCGGAUGGGAUUGGGGCCCUGUGUUGACGACUUGUGGUCCGUGGCGGGCAGUGCGCCUCGAAACCUCUUAUGCUCGAAUUUCCGAUUUGAGAAUUGAUUACGAUUUGAGCGCAUCUCUGGACGACGUGGUUGUCCAUGUUUCGGCCUCCACAGAACGAUCCUCCGGAUCCGAUGUAAACAUCUCGAUACGCUCAGCUGACAGUCUGGUCUUCGAGAAGACGGUAUCAGUGGAUGGUAACGGUGUUGCCAAGGCCGAUUUCCACCUAUCUCAACCAAAGCUGUGGUACCCUCAUGGGUAUGGCGAUCAACCACUAUACACUUGCGAGGCUGUGCUUCGGAAAAAUGGCAAGGAAGUUCAGACAUGCAGCAGAAAGAUUGGCUUUCGCCGUGGUGAGCUGGUACAAGAACCCGAUGAGAUCGGGAAAUCUUUCUUUUUCAGAGUCAAUGGUGUCGACGUGUUCUGUGGUGGAUCAUGUUGGAUCCCUGCCGACAGCUUCACGCCUCGGAUCACGGAAGAGAAGUAUCGGUCUUGGCUCCAGACUCUUGUUGAUGGCUACCAAGUCAUGAUCAGAAUCUGGGGUGGUGGUAUUUGGGAAGAAGACGUCUUCUACGAUACCUGUGAUGAGCUGGGUAUCCUCGUCUGGCAAGAUUUCAUGUUCGGUUGCGGAAACUACCCAGCCGCGAUCAAAUCAUUCAGAGACUCUGUCGAGGCCGAGUGCGUCGCACAAGUCAAGCGUAUUCGUCAUCAUCCUUCGAUUGUCAUCUAUGCCGGCAACAACGAAGACUAUCAAGUACAAGAACAGUGUGGCCUUACAUACGACUACGCAGACAAAAAUCCAGAAAAUUGGCUGGAAACCGACUUCCCAGCUCGCUAUAUCUAUGAGAAGAUCUUGCCAGAGGUCGUUGCGGCGCACUCGCCUCACGUACCAUACCAUUUCGGAUCACCUUGGGGUGAUGGCCUCAUAUCGUCCGACCAGACUGUUGGCGAUUUGCAUACGUGGGACGUAUGGCAUGGAAAGCAGAUCAAGUACCAGAUCUACGACACUCUGGGUGGUCGUUUCAACAGCGAAUUCGGCAUGGAAGCAUUCCCUCACAUUGACACGAUCAAACACUACGUUACUGAUCCAGCUGAGCUUUAUCCGCAAUCACACAUGAUUGACUUCCACAACAAAGCCGAUGGCCAUGAAAGAAGAAUUGCAACAUACUUGAUCGAGAACUUCAGGACUACCGAUCCUAGUCUCGAGGCAUAUAUUCAUCUCACACAACUCAGCCAAUCAGAUGCGUUGAUGUACGGAUACCGAGGCUGGCGACAGCAGUGGGGUCAGAAACGCCGCUGUGGUGGCGCCUUGGUCUGGCAACUUAACGACUGUUGGCCUGUCACUUCAUGGGCUAUCAUCGACUACUUUCAGCGAAAGAAGCCGGCAUACUAUGCUAUGCGACGGGUGUUGGCUCCGAUAGCUGUUGCUGUUAGAAGAGCUCAUCACGACUGGAGUGUUGUUCAUGCUCGACCUGUGAAGACGAGCUCUUUCGAAUGCUGGGUCUCUAGCAACAGUACGAAAGAAGUCCUCGCUACGAAGGUAGAGCUCAAAUUCAUCUCUAUUGCCACUGGCAAGGAGAUCAAAGAAGCUAUGAUCAAGAAGAAUGUCAAGAUCACAGCAAACGGCGCAAUCACCAUCUUUGAUGGUGAGCUUAACAAUGAGAAGGAAGAGCCGCAUGUUCUUGCGGCGAGGAUAUGGAUAGAUGGAGAAGACAGCGCUGUUUCUCGAGAUAUUGACUGGCCCCAGCCGCUGAAGUAUCUGAACAUGGAUGACAGAGGCGUCAAGGUUGUCUUUGACAAUGGUAAGAUCACCGUAUCGUCAAAGAAGCCGACAAAAGGCCUAGUCUUUGAGGAGAGAGAAGGCGUGUUGGUAAACGACAGUGCUGUGGACAUUGUACCUGGAGAUGAACAGAUCAUCACAGUAAAAGGAUUGAAAGCUGGCGACACACCUCUGAAAUGGAGAUACUAUGGGCAGGAGGUACGAUGCAUAAGUGAUACUCAUAGAUAGACUACAAACACCGACUUAACGUAUAUCCACAAAUUAUGGUUUCUGAU